ACAUGAUCUACUUCGGAUGGAAAUGAAAUUGUUGGAAUCCGAAGCUACUUCAGCUGAUAUCUCUUCACGUUUUAAACCACUUGGAAAACAUCUUGGUGAGGGUACUUAUGGUACCGUUUCUUUGUACCUUGAUACAAAAACAGGCAGAAAAGUUGCCAUCAAAAAGUUGAAGAAUAUAGAAUGGAAGGGUGAACGCCAAUUGGUUGGUAUGGUCGGAAUCCAUUUUACGGCGCUUCGUGAACUAAAGGUUAUGCGUGAGUUGCAUCAUGCAAACCUUAUGGAUCUGGUCGCUGUAUAUGUAUCGCAAGGUUUCAUCAAUAUAGUUAUGGAUUUGAUGGCAGGUGAUUUAAAAAAAGUAUUAGACUCUAAUAUACGUUUAAGUGUAUCCUAUCAAAAGUGCAUAAUGUGGCAGUUGUUGAAGGGUCUAGAAGAGUUACACAAUUGUAACUUUGUUCAUCGCGAUCUAUCUCCUGCCAAUGUCUUCAUAACAGAUGAGGGUGUAAUGAAGAUUGCCGAUUUCGGUCUUGCCAGAAGAUGUGUUUACAGUCCGCUUAUGCCACCGACGAGUAAGCGAAUAAAUCCAUCAGAUUUGGAUAAAUACUGCCUGCGUGAAAAGAUGACGUACCGUGUUGUAACGCUUUGGUAUAGGUCUCCUGAACUUCUUCUAGGUGCUGAGGCGUAUCACUUUGCUUGUGAUGUGUGGUCCGUUGGCUGCAUCUUUGCUGAGUUACUCAAUCAAAAACCACUAUUUACGGGUACUAAUGAGAUUGAUCAACUUGGUCGUAUAUACAAGUUGCUGGGAACACCAUCUGAUACUAAUUGGCCUGAUGCGAAAAAGCUGAAGUUGUACACUCCAUUUACUGCAAUGCAGCCUACAAGCUUAGAUACAACUAUUAAAAAUCGUUCGGCAGAUGAGAUUGAUCUUUUACAGCGUAUGUUAAAGUUAGAUCCUAAGGAGAGGAUCAGUGUUAAAGAGGCCCUGAAACACAAGUAUUUCACAACAUCGCCAACGAUGUGCAAACCAAAUCAGUUACCGUUCGACUUUAUUUCGGGAAAUACAACAUCCUUGAAGGUUGAAGAAUAGUGUAUGUAAAC